AUGCAAAAAGAACAAAUUUUUCAUGAAAGCAUCACUUUAUUCCGAGAUCGUCUCGCAGACCUAAUUACAGUUGAAUUCAUGAGAAAAUACCACAAUGGGUGGGUCAGAAAAGUUGUUUCACUAUUUGACAAGCGCCAUGAGCGCUCAAAACUCAAUGAUUUAAAAACAUGGGACAUAAUCCCUCUAAUGCAUCUCUUAAAAUCCAACGAAAUCAUUUGUGACCCGAAAUUUGGCCCAAGGACUCAUUUAUCUUUUAUAAAAGUCAUCAAAAAAUAUAGGAAUUAUUGGGCACAUCAGCAGCCUUUGGAAUGAUAUGAAGUUUAUAGGGCGGUGGAUAUGAUGAUUUUAUUAUUAGAAAUCUAUGGAACUGGGUCUCAAGCUUUAAUUGAAAAUCGAGACUUAAUUUUAAGCGAGAUGGCAAGAAUAAAGGAAGCAGAAAAAAGAAAAGGGGUCAUUGAAGAAAAGAAAAUUGUGAGGGAGGAGCCGCCGAAGCGGAAAAUUUAUGAAAAUCCUCAUUUUGUGAAGAAACAGCAGAGCACUGAAUUAAAACGAGAAGAAAGCCCUGAGAUUGAUGCAGGGGAUUAUGAAAAUCUAUCUGGACAGUUGCCGACGAACUGCAGCAUAUGUGAUAAUCAGCUUGGGAAUGUAAUUUAUUUUGAGCAUUCUUCAUGCAAAGCUAGUAUUUGCUACCUAUGCAUUCAAAACAAUUCUAUGAUAAAAAAUAAUGACUCCUGUCCAGGAUGCAGAAGUAGAUUUUCACUUGAAGAAAACGAUUAUAUUAAUUUGAUAGUAGAAGCAAUGCAAGGAUAUCCACAAUAA